UCAAUCAUACAAACACGAUAGCAAGCCAAGAAUUAAGAGGCUCUGGGAAGAUGCAGGCGGCGAAGGAGAAGGUGAAGGACGGCGUGAGCGCGGUGAAGGCCAAGGCGGCGGAGAAGGCGGAGGCCGCCACGGCGAGGUCGCACGCGGAACGGAAGCUGGCGCACGAGCGCGGCAAGGCCAAGGUCGCCGCCGCUAAGAUGGAGCUGCACCAGGACAAGGUCCUGCACCGGGAGGAGGCCAUCGAGCACCGAAUCCACAAGCACGGCGGCCACGGCCACCAUCACCACAAGCACGGCGUCGGCAUCGUGGCCGCGCCGGCGCCGGUGCCCGGGGCAGGGGCGUACUACUCUACCGCUGCACGUCACCACUACUAACUAGCUAAGCAGCUCGCUAGCUACACGGGCGCAUGCGCCGCCUGUGCGAUGUGAGCUUGCUAGCUAAGCCUGUACUGCGUACUGUUUGUGUUUGACAUGCGCACGCGUGCCUUUUAACUUUGCACUUGGGUUGAAGAUGAGAGCUCUGUGCAUGUAUGGAUACGCAUGCAUGCAACUUUGUUAGUUGCUUUUUUUAAUAAUCCAUACUUGAUAGACAAAGGGGUUUGGGUGUUGUGGGCUUCGACGCCUGUUGGGUCGGCCACGGCAACAUAUAUAAAGAGGGGUA